AUGGCACCGCCAGCAACGCCCGUUGAGGCGCGCCCGGGCAUGAGCAGCACCAUGUGGGCGCUGGCGCAGGGCGAGGCACAUGUACUGCACCAGCAGAUGACGGAGACGGCCCAGAAGCGCGUGUCGACGCUGGACUAUUUGCGCAAAGCCCACGAAGGCCGCGUCUACUGGUUCAACACAUAUCUCUUCGACAAGCCCGACCUCUCCCGCAUGCCCAGCUUCGACCCGCGCAAGCUCUCGCGCAAGGCCACCAACUACCUUCUCCUCGGCCUCUCCAUCCCCACCAUCCACGACCUAUACUCGUCCACACCGCUCGAGUUUCUGCGCUGCCUUAAUGCCCUGCUGGCCGAGUUCGACUCCUUCCAGACGCUACACGGCGACUCCUCCACCGCCGCCUUGACGCGGGCACGCAUCCCCAACAUGUUCCGUCGGCCAGGAGCGAAGACCAGGCGCUCCGCGUCCGCCGACGUUGGCAUGGACGACUCCUCUGCCGCCUUUGGCCACAACUCGCCCACCGCCGGCUCGACAAACACGGGGCCUGCGCCCGCCGUCAUGAAUUUUGCCGCCUCCGAGUCGGAGCUGCUGCCCGGCGAAGAGUACACGUACCUGCUGACGCCGUCGCUGCCUUUUGACCCGGACUUCUUCGAGACGUUUGCCACGUUGUGCGACGUGCUGAUCGAUUGCUACACGCGCUUCCUGGCCAUGGUGCCGUCGCCGCGGGAGUGUUCUGCGCCCAUCGCCGAGCUCUUCACCAAGGCGGAUGCCAAGAUUCGCAAGAUUAUCGUGCAGGGCGUCGUCAAGGACUUUGAGGACCACAGCAGGGCGCAUGCAAAGUCAGAGGUGGCGGGGAUAGGCAAGCUUGUUCUUGGGGGUCUGAUGUGA